CAUGACGCGUGUUGCCCGUCGUCGUUCCUGUUGCAGAAAGUGAUAACAUGGGGCGAUGAGAUACACAUGAAAGUCAUUCUACCGGCAAAACCAGAGGCGAGACAAAUUUGACAAAAGCUCCGUAUUUACCCUCCUGUUGUUAGUUUGUUACAGUAGAAAGUUAUAGUGCGAUGUUAGGUUUGAUUCUGAAUGUGUAUCGCUAUCAUACCUCAGCCACUAACUAGUCAGUAAAGCUAAAGGGCUAGCUAGUAGUAACCGUAACUCUACAGUAGGUAGCUAGUUUACAUUAGCUAAUUUACUUGUAGUUACAUCAGAAUAGGGCUUGGCAAUCUUACCCCAACAUUGUCAUCAUGAUACGAACAGGAGUGCAGCAGAUGGCCAGGGGACUGUGCCAAAUAAUGGGACGUGAAAUCUCAAAGGGAAAUUUCAACACCAACAUCAGACAACAAAUGACUCCAAGAGGGACUUUCCAGCUUCCCUGGUCCUCUAUCAACAGUGUCCGAACCAUGGCGGUGCUGCCCUGGCCUUUCUCUUUCCAGCCACGGGACUUCAGCCUGCCCAACUCGUCCUGGGGCUCCGACAUGAGGCGUCUGUAUGAGCAUGACGGAGAGAAGAAGUGGGGGGUCUGGAGAAGACUGCCCAGCUAUAACCGCUCCCUCAAGUAUGCCACAGGUGGGGUGUAUUUGAGUAAGAUCAUUCAGUCGAAGGCUCGUCUGUUCACGCGGAACAUCAGGGAGUACGGGGGGACGUUCGAGUACGUUGUGUUUGUCAACAAGCAGGAGCAGAAGUGUGUGUGUGUGUUCCAGGCUGGCCACCUACUGGAGGGACCCCCGGGGCACGUCCAUGGGGUGGCAAUAGCUACCAUGGUUGACACUGUAACGGGGACCCACGCCACCUACCUCUCUGGGCCUGUCAUGACUGCCAACCUCAACAUCAACUACCGCAGCCCCAUCUCAUUGGGUAGUACAGUGCUGCUCACCUGCUCAUUGGAUAAGAAGGAGGGACGGAACACCUUUGUUUCCUGUCAAGUCACCAACACGGACAGCUCCAAACUACACACAGGCCACAGGGCUGUUUCUGUCAAUCACAAUGGGACACCUAUUAGGAGGAUGAUGGAUAGGCCAACUCAUCGACCAACCAGACGCUACAAACACACAUCAGAAACAGCACUGACUUCCUAGGGGGUGUGUUUGUCUGCACACAAAUGUUUGGGUGUAUAUCAGUACCUGAGUGUGGGAGUGUGUAUCCUUGAGUGUGUGCAUGCAUGUGUGUGUGUGUGUGUGUGUGUGUGUGUGUGUGUGUGUGUGUGUGUGUGUGUGUGUGUGUGUGUGUGUGUGUGUGUGUGGUUCUGACUGUCAGAUCCAGUAAUCUUCUUAACUCUAGCAGUUUGCCUGAGACACCUGAUGCCUUGCGCUCCACUGACAUAGCAUACAGAUACUGUAUAUCAUAGACACAACCGGUUGUGGAUAUUUUACCUCUCUUUCUCCACUGUUACACACUCCUGGACAACCAGCUCCAGUCAGAGUGAAGGACAUAACCUCUGGUAUAUUAUAUUUAGGUCGAGGCUGUGGAUACAACUUUUCUGAACCCUUCUUCCCGACAGCUAAAGGUCCCGACACUUCUGCAUGUGCAGGAUUCUCUACUUUACGCACCUCCCUUCACAUUUCUCAGUCAAUUGUGAAUGAUAAUCUUCAUGUUUUACCGGUGAAACAUCCAUGCAACAUCUGCAUACCUGUGUCUAGUUUCAAUCAUAGCACAUAUUUUGCCUAGUGGCGCGUGCUGUUGAGUUUUGGCCACAUGAGAGAAAAAUGUGCCCAUUUCCACAAUCAUUCUAAAAUCUCAUAAGAAAUGAGGUGGUGUUUUUGUCUUACAGUAAUUUUAUACUACACUAUUAUAGUGGGUUCUGUUAUGUAGAAUACCAUCAUUGUGUGAUCUGGCAGACAUUGAUUCAGCUUUGAUCUAACUUUAUUAAACGGGCACCAUUCACCAGAGUAGCUUGUUCUCUACGAGUAGAACAGAGACUGUGUGUAAAGAAGCUUCGGGACCUUUAGCCGUCGGAAUGAGGGGUCUAGAAAAGUUGGAUCCACAGCCACUCUGAUAUAUUUAAUAGAUUGUUUAUUUUUUGUAUUUUAUUUAUAUAAUUCGGAAUAAUUUAUUAGGCCCUUUACAGUUUGAGGUUUGAGUCAUUGCUGAUACGUUAUUUUGUGACCAGUAUGGCCUCUUGAAUAAAGCCUUACCUCUUGGGUACUGUA